CUGACCCUUGUCUGUCCUGGCCCCGCACAGAUGUCCUGGCGUCCGCAAUACCGAAGCUCCAAGUUCCGGAACGUGUACGGGAAGGUGGCCAACCGGGAGCACUGCUUCGAUGGGAUCCCCAUCACCAAGAACGUGCACGAUAACCACUUCUGUGCCGUCAACGCCCGCUUCCUGGCCAUCGUCACCGAGAGCUCGGGAGGAGGCUCCUUCCUCGUCAUCCCCCUGGAGCAGACAGGCAGGAUUGAACCCAACUACCCCAAGGUCUGUGGUCACCAGGGGAACGUGCUGGACAUCAAGUGGAACCCCUUCAUUGACAACAUCAUUGCCUCAUGCUCGGAGGACACGUCGGUGCGGAUCUGGGAGAUCCCCGAGGGCGGGCUGAAGCGGAGCAUGACAGAGGCCCUCCUGGAGCUGCAUGGGCACAGCCGGCGUGUGGGGCUGGUCGAGUGGCACCCCACCACCAACAACAUCCUGUUCAGUGCCGGCUAUGACUACAAGGUCCUCAUCUGGAACCUGGACGUGGGUGAGCCCGUGAAGAUGAUCGACUGCCACUCGGACGUGAUCCUCUGCAUGUCCUUCAACACUGACGGCAGCCUGCUCGCCACCACGUGCAAGGACAAGAAGCUGCGCGUGAUCGAGCCCCGCUCCGGCCGUGUUCUGCAGGAGGCCAGCUGCAAAAACCACAGAGUGAACCGGGUGGUGUUCCUGGGGAACAUGAAGCGGCUUCUCACAACCGGGGUCUCCAGGUGGAACACACGACAGAUUGCCCUCUGGGACCAGGAGGACCUCUCCAUGCCUCUGAUCGAAGAGGAAAUUGAUGGGCUCUCCGGCCUCCUGUUCCCCUUCUAUGACGCUGACACGCACAUGCUGUACCUGGCAGGAAAGGGAGAUGGAAACAUCCGGUACUAUGAGAUCAGCACUGGGAAGCCCUACUUGAGUUACCUCAUGGAGUUCCGCUCCCCAGCCCCGCAAAAAGGCCUAGGGGUCAUGCCCAAGCACGGGCUGGAUGUGUCGGCUUGCGAGGUGUUCCGCUUCUACAAGCUGGUGACUCUCAAGGGCCUGAUCGAACCCAUCUCCAUGAUCGUGCCCCGGAGGUCAGAUUCCUACCAGGAAGACAUUUACCCCAUGACGCCAGGCACAGAGCCAGCUCUGACCCCUGAUGAAUGGCUGGGAGGCAUCAACCGAGAUCCCGUGCUGAUGUCUUUGAAAGAAGGUUAUAAGAAGUCCUCAAAAAUGGUAUUUAAGGCUCCUAUCAAAGAAAAGAAGAGCGUUGUGGUCAAUGGGAUAGAUUUAUUAGAAAACGUCCCACCCAGGACAGAGAACGAGCUCCUCCGCAUGUUCUUCCGGCAGCAGGAUGAGAUUCGGCGUUUGAAAGAGGAGCUGGCGCAGAAGGACAUCCGCAUUCGGCAGCUCCAGCUGGAACUGAAGAACUUGCGCAACAGCCCCAAGAACUGUUAGCUGUCCGCGGGGCUGCUUUCUACGCCGAUCUCUCCAUUGUUUCUACUCGUCCCUUAACUCCCCCUUAUCCUGUGACCCCAGAGACAGCGCCUGGAGGGGAGCUGGGGAGAGCCUGAGGGCCCCGCCUGCCACAGCAAGACUGGAAGCUGAUCUUUGACCUCUUGACCUCAUGCUAAUAGGAGUCCCCAGGCUCUCCUGGAGGACCCCGCUGGCAGCCCCUUUUCCUGCCACCUCCAGAAUCUCGGCUUCCCCCUGCUGGGCAAAGCACGGAUUCCCUGAGGGGUGCCCUCCGUGGACCAGGGAGCAGAGGAGGAAAGCAGACCCCAGUAGACUUAGAACUGGAACUUUUCCCUUGCAAAGGAGGCUGCUGUCAGGACAUCUCAGCACCCACUGCGGGGCUCCCCGCAUCCCUGAUGGACCACACUGUAAGGGCUGGAUGGCAGGUGUCACCUCUUCUCCCCUCCCCUCCCCCCUCUGCAGCCCUGGAAGCCAGAUUCCCCUGACAAGGGUUGCAAGCAGCCUCGCUCCUUUCUGUCUCUUGCCCCCUCUCUCUUGUCUUCAGGGAAUUAAGAGGAUUGCUCGCCAAGGCCAUAAUGACCCCUUGCCUUCCCAAGAUUCUCUUCAACGCUCUUGCAAUACCCUUUUCCCAUUUGAUUUGGGAGGCAGGCAGGGUAGGGAAUGAUGUCAUUUCACAAGUGACAGAACUGAGGGUUGCACUGGAGAGAAAUGACUUACUCAGUCACCCAACAGGUCAACAGUGGACCCGGGACCUCGGGUGUUCAGAACAUGCCAGGGCCCUUUCCACUGCAUCAAGAUGCCAAUCCCUGGGGGCUUCACCGGUGCCCAAGUAUCUGUGGAGAAUGAAACUGGAAGCCACUUCUACCGUCUGCCCAACACCAGUAGUGCCAAUGUGUCACACUGCCUAGUUGAGGCCCCUCACACUCGGUGCCCCUCCAUCUCCCUGGCCCCCGUGCCCUGCCCCCGCCCCAGGGGACUCCCUCUCAGAUGAGGCCUCUUCGUCCUGGAAGUGAGGCUGAGGAGGGUGGAGUCAGGCCCUGGGGAAGGCAGAGCAGGGGUGUCUGCUUCAAGGGGUGGAUGAUGCUCUGUGUGUCUCUCGCCGCUGUUAUCUCAGCCACUCUCAGCCUUACGCUUGUAGAAUGACCACAGUCCCUCCCGUCGGUAUUGCACUUUAAAGUUUACACAGUUCUUUGACACAUCGGAUCUCAUUUGAGUCUCGCAUCCGCUCCAGGGGUAGGGAGCACUCCUUCCAUUCUGCAGAUGAAGAGACUGAGAAGUGGCCUGAGGUCACAGGACUCUUGAGACACCACCUUUCAUCUGGUCUACACAUUCUCUUUUUGUUUCUUUUCUCCAUUUCCCACUACCCACGGUGUCCAUAAACACUGUUCUUCUCAGAAAAGUCACAGUUUGGGGUGAGAUCUGGCCCGGGAAUCAAGAAAUGGGUGUCCAUCCUUCUCUGGCUAGGAUCUACUAGACACAUUGUGCUCCACACCUGCUUUGCCCAUGGCCACCGCAGAACAUCCACCCACAGAGGUCAGGGUUCCCUCCAGGCACCCUGGGCAGGGAAAGCCCUCGACCCCUGGGGUUUUCCUCCAUGACCUUUCCACCCUCUGGGCCGGCUGAAGCAGGGUCUCCUCUCCCCCAGCCCCCUGCAGCUAGACAGUGUUAGCUCUCAUCUCCUCCUCCCCACACUUCUUGAGCUUUUUUUCUCCCCCAUUGACCUUUGUGGUCUUUCUGUGAUUAUUUAUGCUGCCUCCCAAGGAUAGAAUUGAAAUAAAAUGUUUUCAACUUA